AUGUUCACCCCAACUGUUGCCAACUCGACCUCCUACUUCUAUGCGCUAGGCAAUACACCGGCCAUCAACUUAGCCAAAAACCUGCCUAAUGGAGUCGAUGCCAGUUUACUACUACUUGGGUGCGGCGAUGUGAGGAACAUCAUUUACACAGCCUACAAUGAGAUUGGGCUACCUGGUCGCAAUCUGGAUAUCACAGUCAAUGACAUCGAUGAAGCUAUUCUGGCACGCAACAUCUUUCUCUUCUCUCUGCUCAUCGACAAUGACAAUGUCUCCGGAAAUACCCCCUGGAACUUGUACUACAACCUUCACAUUGACAGCUCAGACCUACACAUCUUAUCAUCUCAAGUCAAGAAGCUUCUCAAAGCAUCAGAGUCUCUGAAGUCGUGGAAAUCAAGCUCAUACGGCAAAGUCUUGCCCUUCUGUGAUCAGGCCACCCUCGACGACGUUCGUGCCGUCUGGAUCAGCUAUGAGAAUGCCGCUGCGUCCGACAAUGUCAUCGCCAAUUCCGAAGCCCUGACUGCUAAUCUCAAACACUCCAUUGAGAUGAAGAGAAUUGCCUUCGGCAACGAUGUAGCUUUCACCGGUUUGCGAUCAGCUGCUCCUGCUGCACUACAAAAUGCACAGGAAGUUACCGAAGCUUCUCAGCAGUUCUGGGAGUCCGCCGACGCUACGCCCAACGGUGCCGUCAGCAACCCAAACCCCCUCUUCUAUGCCUCGCUGUCGAAACACCAUCUCUUGCACUACGGAACUGACCCCGUCCUCGGCUUCCAUCUUGCUGCGGCCUUUAUCCCCUUGACCGAACAGUCUCCUCUGAAGCCUGAUCAACAAGAUGAGAGGACCAGGGUUUUCUCGGCUGCAAAGACACAAUUCCGAGAGUGGGCGGCUGCCUGUGGGACUCUUCUUCGUGGGAAGAAGUUGGUGAUCCGUUCCAUCGCCAGUGAAGCCCUUGCGUUCUGCCACACCCUGCAGCACUUAAUCGUGACCAAGGAGACGUCUGCCGGAUGGUACCGUCGCCAAUUCGAUGCCCGCGUCCUGUCCUUGGACCAAGAUGUGUACGGCGCCAAGUCAACAGCUCCGAUCGCAUUCGACACCGUUGACACAUCCAACCUCGCAGACCACUUUGGCACAUUGAACAUUCUCAUGUCGGCUCUACCUCUGCUCACACCCCACCCCUGGUCGGCUGUCUUCACCGAAACCCUUUUGAAGAGAGAAAGUACCGCCAAAGAGGCCUUUCAUACCCUCUUGUACGGCCACGGCCCCACGAUAUCACUGUUAGUAGGCGCGAGCGCGGUCGAAUACUGGACCAACUCCACUGCCGUUUCAAGCGUCGAUGAGAUCUUGAUCGGCCUGAGCACCAAGAGCAUCCAGGCGAAAGGCGACGAAGUGGCUCAAGUGCACAGUCGAAUUACAUGGAAACAGAGCAAGCUUUUCUCAGGAGUCAACGCCUCCGGGCCUCUCGCAAUCGAAUCUGAAGCGCUAGCCAGCAUCUUCUUCAACCUCUACCUUAAGGUCUUCGCACACGAGAACCCCAUGAAGCUGCUGUCCAUCUCGAAGUCAUCCGUCACGCAGCUUAUCCGCAACACGGCCUACUCCCACUUCCACCGGGGCACCCUCGUCUCCCUUCUCCAUUACCUCAAGCUGCGUCUAUCUGUCGACAAUUUUGAAAAGACUUGCGGAUUUCUGCUCCAGAAAAUAUCCGCUGAAAGAAGCCUGAUGUUCACGGGGAAUCUUAGACAAGAUUUGUCUGUGCAGAUGCAUACGCAGGGGGUCGACUCAGAAGACUGGCUUCGGGCAGAGAUCAAGCCUAACCGUAACCUCGGCGGGUUCGACUCCUGGACAUCAGUCCCAGAGGUCGUGGCCGUGACUCUCGUUGUCCCGCGGGAGAAGAUUGCGCGGGUCUUUGACGGCUCUGACCAAGCCAAAAUCAGUUCUCCCACCAUCAGAGGUUCAUUGGUCUCUGGUGAAGACGCCAACCACAAGUGGCACAACUUCUACGACGAGGUACAGCUUGUCUUUGGGACCGUCAAAUCCAGUGGUAACCGUGACACCAGCGACUUCUCGGUCACCGUCGAUGCAGACCCAGCAGGUUGGCUUGGGCAAUCUCCGCUCAUCGCAACCUUCUACGUCUCUGCUGCGGCGUUACAGGUGGAACGCAAAACUUCCUAUGUCCGCCUAGAGGUCCUGAGCUCUGCACAAAGUAUCGCUGUCUUCAGCAAGACUCUCGGUAGCGAACUCAGAAUCUUCCAGGCUAAGUUGGCUGACGAGGACAGCGUCUUCAUCACCAAGUACAUGCCCGGUCAGACAAGGUAUCCGGCUGCUUCUGAAGCUGCGGGACUUGUCGCGGAGACUGCUUUCGAAAAGAGCACGGACUCAGAAUCGACCUUCACCGCAAACGCAUCACGAAGACAGGACAGAAUCGAAACCAUUACUGGACAUCUCGAUAUCCUGUCUACCAAGGGCAAGAAAUUCCUUAGUGACAAGCUACCCAUUACCCUUGAUCAAGUGUCUCCCUUCACCGUCAACGUCGUGUUUGGUAACAAGGAGCUUGUCUAUCCUCUCACCUUCCCCGCUCUCAUCGACGCCAGCAAGGCGAAAACUCGCAUCGCUCGUACAUCCGCCUACGUCGAGGUUAUUGCCCCCUUUGCCGAACCUAGCAGCGAUCCAGAAACGAACACAGUACUCACCGACUUUGUCUAUCCGACUCAGCUUGCACGAGGUCUCUCAAACACCCCAGCCGAUCUCAACACCCCGCACUUGAACCUCGACCGCCUCCCUAUCAUCGACGUCGCCAAAAGGGAUGAGCUUUCCUUCCUCAACACACUCCUCUCCUUCGAGUUCUCGGUCCGUGAGAGGGCACUGCGCGAGCGUAUCAACGCCAGCAGGCUCGACCUCGCCCCCUCGCCCCGCGUCAACUUCAAGGAGUCAAUCUUCACCAUGACUAUGCUCUCCACGGGUCAACAAGGUGGCCAAACUGGCCUCUUCUGUCUCAACCAUCCGGACCGCGGCGGCAUUCACAUGCUCUUCUUCGUCUCCGCUCUCCGUCUCGAUGCUGCCUCUGCCUCCGUCGUCCUCGAUGCCGCAGUCCUACCAUUUACGCUCCCCGUUAUCAAGAAGGUAGAGCCAUUCCUUCUGCUUCUGAGAGAGCUCGAGAUGGCCUCUGUCACCGUCAACGACGAGGAACUCAUCCUCUGGAAGAAGGUCCUCCCUGCCCUGGCCGAGCGUACCCGGACGUGGAACCAUAAUUCGUCGUGCGAGUACCGCAAGGCCGGCGCCACCAUACCCUUAUCGCUGGAACCCAGUGAGCCUGCCCUCUGCUCCUGCGGCCGCGGACAGUUCCCUGCGAACUUCAUCGGGCUCCCAGAGUGGGACACCGCGUCCAAAUACGCCACCCGCAUUGCCAUCAGCCCGACGUUCGCUGUACCAUUUGUGGAGGAGAUUGUGGACACGAGUAAAUACAAGGAUUAUCGCGCUAAUGGUAUGGCGCCGCCUAAGGAAAGGUGCACCAACUGCGGCAAGGAGCCGACGAACGGCGCCGCUCUGAAGAAGUGUAUGCGCUGCUUGAGUGCCAAGUAUUGCAGUGCCGACUGCCAGAAGAAGGAUUGGCGAAAGCAUCGUGGCGAGUGCAAGGAAAGCGAGGCUCACCAUGUAAUAAUAAGGCGGCCUCACGUGCUUACUGGUGUCAAUUUAAACAGAAACUUUCACAAAAGGGACGAUCGUAUGAUGAUUUUGCAACAAGGCUUCCACGACAACGUUACCCUCCGCCCUCGUCUCGAAAGCACCCUCGCCCUCGAGAGCUUCGCGGAGUCCUCCGAAGUCGACUAUGCCACACUCUCGCACACGUGGGAGAGCGGUGAGGUCUCUUUUCAGGAGAUGUCCUCCGCCGCUGUGGCGUCAACGACGAAAAGCAAGGCAGGCUUUGACAAGGAGAAGGGUCUGGGAUACGCGUGGAUCGACACCUGUUGCAUCGACAAGUCCAGCAGCGCCGAGCUCAGCGAAGCCAUUAACUCCAUGUUUCGAUGGUACCAGGAGGCGAAGGUCUGCUUGGUAUUUCUCUCGGAUCUCCGCCCGGAAGUUGGCAGUACUGGGCCUGGGAUCCAUAAGAUAUCCGAUCUGUCUAGGUGCAAGUGGUUCACUCGCGGCCGGACGCUGCAAGAGCUCAUCGCGCCGGCCGCUGUGGAGUUUUACGAUGCUGGGUGGAAGUUGAGGUUCUCCAAAGACGUAUGGUCGGGGCGUCUAUCGACGAUAACCAACAUCGAUAUCGAUAUCUUGACAUUCGAAAAGGAACUAUCGGCUGUUCCCGUUGCCGUCAAAAUGUCAUGGGCAGCGCAUCGCCGAACGACCCGUGUCGAGGAUCGGGCCUACUCCCUCCUCGGGCUCUUCGACAUCCACAUCCCCAUGAUCUACGGCGAGGGCAGAAAAGCCUUUCAGCGACUCCAGGAAGAGAUUGCCAAGGAGACAGAUGACUUGUCGCUGUUCGCCUGGGUAGCAGUUGAUGAGAAUCAGCGGUAUAGAGGCAUCUUUGCCCAAGAACUAGCGGAGUUCACAUUCUGCGGCAAUUACAUGCGAUGCAAUCGACUCACAUCAGACCGGAAUGAAUUCUCCAUCACCAACAAAGGCGUCCGAUUUACCUACGUCUUAGGCGUGAACACGGACGCAAGCGCCACUUGGCUGCUCCCUUUUUUGAUGCAAGGGAAUUGCCAAAAGUGCCACUAUCAGCAUAGCAUUUACAUCGGCCUAGUUUUCACCGCCGAGGGCUGGGUCCGCGCGACGCCUGGGCGCUGCCGGUAUGAGAGCGAUGGGCCGUCAUUUCCCAGUUUUAUCGACGUGUGCGUCAGGAAGACGGUCACGGCCUCAGAGAGCCGCAGACUCGAGCAGCGGCCGGGCCACUUCUUCAAGCCGGACUGGGCUCCAGGAGACUGCCUCAGCAGAUGUGGCAAGCUUCUCGCGGCCGAGCCCAGCUUCCUCUGGAACCCCGCCUAUCGGGGAUUCGUGGGGGAGGCACAGGCUGAAGAUUUUAUGGGCAUCAUCAAGUUGUCCUUGAGCGCCCUGCCUUCGAAUAUCAUCAUCUGUCUAGUUCUGUUCAAGGUCAAAGAUCGACCGCCUGAGGUUCAGCUCUUCCUGGUCCCAGACUGGCCAUGGGAGCUGAAGGAGGGCAUAGUCUAUCCUGAGGGUACCUCUUCGUCGGAAACAGAAAUGCGGUUGUACAAGCGUUCCCUGCUACCUUAUUCCCCAAGUAACUUGUCGUCUGCCCGGGCUACCUGCUGUCAUGGCCAAUUCUCUUUUGAUGUAACAGUCACAGCAGAGGUGGAUGAGAAGAUGCGCCUUAUACUAUCUUGCAAAUAUCUCAAGGAGCCUCAAAGGGACAAGCAACGACGUUUCAUGCCCCCGUACUCCCAUCACGACGUCAUACCGAGCGUCCGGAUACUACACCGCGAGACCCGGCAUUUGGAAAAGGAUCCGUACUCGGUACCAGAAAAUCACACUGCCCGUCGGUACAUGCAUCAAGCAGCACAGGACCACCUCCAAAGCCUCCAAAGCCCAGCAACUAUAGACUUCAACGAUCCCCAGAAAAGAAACCCACGCGAUGUCCACAACUUUGCAGAUCUCCACAGUCUCCACGGCCAGCCCUGUUGUCAUUACCAAAGAGCCCGCAACUCCCGAUACUUCGAGAAGGUCAGACUUCAGCCCGAUAUCCAGCCCCCCAAAAAGGCCGACUAUGCUCAUUCGUCACUGUUGAAACAACGACAAGCCAUCCCCAAGACCAAUCAACAUGAUCUAAGCAAGGGCGGGGGAAGACACUUUCAACUCAGACACUGGAAAUGGCGCCAGGCCAAGAACUGGAAGAGGAUGAAUGGGCAUCAUCAUCGUCAAGGACAUCCCCUCCAGGCUUCGACGCAUCGCCCAUUUGUUUCUGAUCCACCCAGUCCCCUCAAAACACACCGCACGCUGUCCGAAGACACCAUGAACGCUAGAAUUACCAAGGAUCAGCGUUGGUUGACCAGUCACUCGACCAAGAAGCUACUGUUCAAAACCACACAAACGGACCGACUACACACACCAAGAAAGAACAGGACAGAGAAAAAAAUCCCGAAAAAUGAUCUGGUGCAAGCACAAGCCAACGUCCAAUCCCAAUCUUUGUCUUUAUUCCCUCCCCUCCCCCCAGUUUUCAAUGCCCACGUGCUGGAGGCCUUUCGGUCAAGUAUCCUGCCCCCCAUCGGGCAGCCCGCAAACAAGGCUCGAAAGUUGGCAGUCGGUUACACUACCUUACUCCAAAUGUCAGGUGACCUCGUCGGGCAUUACUCUCUUCAAGCCGGGUCACACACAAACGGCGCGUGCUCGGAGCUCGGAGGCGGCGCUCGGAAGGACGCCCAGUGUACUAGACGCGGCAGUCGGAUCUUGUCCUCCUGCAAGUUCACGGCCCCCAAGUUGGCCAAAUCUCUCUCCUGUUCUCACGCGGACACUCCAAGGGAGGGCCAAAGCUGGUUUAUCCAAGAUGAUAUUGAAGAUCUCUGCCCGUGUAAUAAUCCCUCCCAAGGCGUAGGCCCCUUCGCGUUCAUAAUAUGA